CCCCAGACCCCGUCCUGGGGCGGAUCGGGGCGGUUCGGCUGCGUUCGGGCCGGGUCGGAACCGUUCGGCUGCGUUCGGGUCGGGCUCGGCUCCGCUCGGCUGAGCUCGGGAAAGAUCGGGAAGGUUCGGCUACGGUCGGCUCGGGCUCGGUUCCGCUCGGCUGAGCUCGGGGCAGAUCGGGGAGGUUCGGCCCGGCCCGGUUCGGCCCGGCUUGGUUCGGCGCGGCCCGCUCGGCUUCCUUCGGCUUCGCUUGGCUAAGGUCGUCUCGGUUCGGCUUCUCUCGGCUCGGUGCGGCUCCGCUUGACUCUGUUCGCUUCGGUUCGGUUCGGUUCGUCUGGGCCCGGCCCUGCCCGGUCGCCGCCGCACCGGGCCCGGUAACGCUCCGACCCCAUCCCCGGUCCAGGCCCGAGGCCAGCCUCGCUAACGCCCCGGGAGGAAGGAGGGGGAGAGAGGGAGCGAGCAUCCUCCGCCGCUCCGUCCGCAGCACGGCCGGGACCGGGGGGGCGGAGGCAUCCGGGCCGGGGGCAGCAGGCAGGAGCCCCGGGCCAGACGUGCCCCGGGUGGGCCGUGACAGUGGGGACAUGUCGUGACAGCCACCUCGCACCGUGACCUGGGUGGGCAGUGACCCAGGGACACCCUGUGGCACCAGGGGACCGAACCCCCCAAGCCGUGACACCGAGGGACCACCGGGACACAAAGCCAUUGCAUGUCGUGACACCGGGGGACCACAGCUACCCCAGGCAAUGGCACUGGGUGCACACCGUGGCACUUGGUGACAGCCCCCCUCAGCGCCGUGACACCCGUCACCAAGCACCCGCACCAUGACACCAGGUGAGCAGCCAGACUGGCAUGUGCUGUGACACUGGGUGAGCCCUGAGCCCAGAGCAUGCCAUGACACCGUGUGACUGAAGCCAUCCUGGACCGCUGACAUUGUGUGAGCCCUGAGCCUGGCACAUGCUGUGACACUGGGUGACCAAACCACCCUGUGCUGUGACUCUUGGGUGAGCCCUGAGCCCGGCACAUGCUGCGACACUGGGUGCCCAACAACUGAUCAACCAGCCUGGCACCUGCCACUGGGUGACCGAAGCCAUGUCGGACUGUGAUACCAAGUGACCAAGCCACUUUGCACCAUGACACCUGGGGAACCCAGAACCUGGUGCCUGCCGUGACACUGUGUGACUGAAGCCACCCUGGACCAGCUGAUCCAUCAGCCUGGCACGUGCUGUGACACCAGGUGACCAAAGCCACCCUGGACUGUAACACUGGCUGAGCCCUGAGCCCUGCACCUGCUGUGACACUGUGUGACCGAAGCCACCCUGUGUUAUGAGUGACACUGGGUGACCAAGCCGCUCCACAUCGUGACACCAUGUGACUGAAGCCUCCCCCACUCUCCACGCUGCGUGUCCCAGUCAUGCUGCCAUCCUGUCACCCGUGCGUGGCCAUGAGUGUCCCCGUGGGGCCACUGUCCCUGCUGCUGGCGCUGUCCCUGCUCCCACAGGGCUCUGCGGGAUGGAGCUGCCCCCCGCGCUGCGUCUGCGCCUCCAACCUGCUGAGCUGCUCUCAGGCCAACCUGAGCGCGGUGCCGGCCCCACUGCCGCGCUUCACCGCCGUCCUGGACCUGAGUCACAACAACGUGACCCGGCUGCGCGCGGACUGGACACCGGCGCGGCUGCCGCACCUGCACGCGCUGCUGCUGAGCCACAACGGGCUGGCCUUCGUGUCCACCGAGGCCUUCACCCACGUGCCGCGCCUGCGCCACCUCGACCUGUCCUCCAACCGCCUGCGGACGCUGGAUGAGAACCUGUUCAGCGACCUGGGCGAGCUGGAGGUGCUGCUGCUGUACAACAAUGAGAUCACCACCGUGGAUCGCACGGCCUUCGAGAACCUGGGCCGGCUGCGCAAGCUCUACCUGGGGCAGAACCGCAUCGCCCGCUUCCCGCUGGAGCUGCUCCGGGAGGGCACCCGGCUGCCGCAGCUGGCGCUGUUGGACCUGUCGGCCAACCGGCUGCGGGCCGUGCCCGCGGGCGAGCUGCAGGCGCUGCCCGCCUGGCUGCGCGACCGCCUCUACCUGCACAACAACCCGCUGGCCUGCGACUGCCUGCUCUUCCAGCUGCUGGACCGCGGCCACCGCCGCCACCUCAGCGCCGUGGUGGAUUUCCAGGAUGAGCUACGCUGCGUCCUGCCCGGAGCACCUGCUCCCAUCAAGAUCCUGGCACUGGCGGGCCAGCAGCCUCUCAACUGCAGCAAGGCACAGGAGGCCGUGCUGGAGGCGCACCUUGGGGACAGUGUGACGCUGGGCUGUGACAGCCGGUGGCAGGGGGUGCGCAGCCGGCACUGGGUGACACCGGGCGGGGAGCGGGUGCUGGGGGACGGGGGCAACGGCAGCGUGGUCCUGCUGGCCAAUGGCAGCCUCCAGCUGCGGGCGCUGCGCCCUGAGGAUGCCGGCACUUACGCCUGCUGGGUGGCCGGACCCCUCCUCAACGAGACCCUCUACGUGGAGCUGCUGGUGCACAACUUCACCCUGCACGGCCCCCAUGACACCUUGAACACGGCCUACACCACUCUGGUGGGCUGCAUCCUGAGCGUCGUGCUGGUGCUCAUCUACCUGUACCUCACCCCGUGCCGCUGCUGCUGCUGCCGUGGCACCGAGAAGCCACCGGCACCACGCGACGACAGCAUCAACUCCUCGGUGCUGAGCACCACCCCAAACCACGCCGGGGGCACCGGGGAGCCCUGCGGAUCCCACAUCGCCUCCAGUGCUGGCACAGGGCAGAACGGCCGGUUCAAGGGUGGGGGGACCCCCGCGCUGCCCGCCCGGCAGGGCCCCAAGGCGCAGAGGAAGGUGUCGGAUCCAGACUCGGUGAGUUCCGUCUUCUCCGACACGCCCAUCGUGGUGUGAGGGGACACUGUGGGGACGGUCCCCAGGGACACUCCAUGCCCCCACCACCACUGCAAGCUGUCCCUGGGCAGGAGGGGUGGCCAGACCCCCACUGCCGUGUUCCCAUCUUGGGGGCUCACACCAUCACACCCCAGGACUGAGCAUCACCACUGGCCCCCGCCGAGGUCACUGACACUAUGGGACAGUGAGGGACAGAGAUGUGACACACACUUUGGGGACAGUCUCCCACCGUGACCUGUCCCUGGGCAGGAGAGGUGCUUGGACCCCCACCACCAUGGCCCCAGCUUUUGGGGGUCCCACCAUCAUCCCCCAGGACUGAGCACUAUCCCUCACCCCCACUGAAAUCACCGAGGGACCGUGAGGGACAAGGGUGUGAGGGGACACACCGUGGGGACAGUCCACUGGGACACCCUGUGUUCCUACUGCUGCUGUCACCUGUUCCCCAUGGACAUGCCACGGGCAGAAGGGGUGGCUGGACCCCUUCUGCUGUGUCCCCAACUUGGGGGGGCAACACCAUUGCCCCCCAGGACAGAGCGUCACUGCUGGCACCCACCGAGGUCACUGCGCAACCUCAAGGGACAAGGAUGUGAAGGGGUAACCUGUCACCAGGCAAGAAGGGUGGCCAGACCCCCACUACCAUGUCCCAGCUUUUGGGGGUCCCACCGUCACUCCCCAGGACUGAGCAUCAUCCCUGGCCCCUGCCAGGGUCACCGUGGGACUGCAAUGGACAAGGGUGUGAGGGGACACAGCGUGGGGACAGUCUCCUGCUGUGACCCGUCCCCGGGCAGGAGGGAUCAUGGGACUCCCACCACCGUGUCCCUGGUUUUUGGGGGUCCCACCACUGAGGACUGAGCAUCGCUGCUGGCCCCUGCCGAGGUCACCACAGCACCACAGGGGCAAGUCUCUGGCAAGUGAGGACAACCCGGCCACAAACUGCAGGGCACCAGCCCCACCAGGCACCGGAGGACUGAGGGACAGUGACAGUAGCAGCCGUGAGCCCCCAGGAACGGCAGCACCAAGCAGAACCCCAUCUCCCUGCGGCCCCGACCCCCCCUCCCCCGCCCCCCUUGGCAUGUGCAUGGCCAAGCAUGAGUCCCCCGGGGAGCAUGUGCCACCCCCAGGGGGAUGCCGGGGGUGUGUCAACCCCCUGGGGACCCCCCCAACUCCCUCCUGACCCCCCCCUGCAACCCGCAGCCGCGAGCAGAGCCCUGUCCCCGCAGGGGGUGGGACCCGGGGGCUCCGGCACCCCAAAAAGGUGGUGCCCCCCUCAUCCCCCAUGCCAGCCCAGCCUGUGUCUCCUGUGCCCCCCCGGACGUUCCCCCCACCCCCCGCACUGGGCAAUGCCCACCAAUGCCGUGGCCAAUAAACGUGUUUGCCCUCGUG